ACUGCCAAUGUCGCGCUACUGAGCACAUCGCACACAAAUAUGGGAAACCGGAGCAGAAAUAUGCAGCUUUGACACUCUGUGGUGAACUCUACAGAAGCCACAAUUCUUUUUCUUUCUUUAUUUCUUUUUUCUUUAUUUUUUUUCUUCUUCUUUUUUGCCACAUUUUUUGCCUAACCAAGGAAUACUUGGUGUCAGAGAGAAACUGGGUUUAUUGGAUUUACUUUUCCAGCAGUAAUGGCCACUGGCAGGGUUGAUUAUGUUGCUCCGUGGUGGACAUACUGGCUGCACAAUUUCCCACAUUUCAAUUUCUCAUUCCAGCCGGUCGAGAGCACUUUGAAACCGGAGGAUGCCAGCUACCAGCAGAGUCUGAUAUUUCUGGCAUGUCUCGGUGUUGUGGGUCUUUGUCUGAGCGCGCUGGUUUUGGGGGCGUACGUGAUGUGUUUGUGCUCCUGCCGCAAGGACCUAGAUGAAAACACCAAAAGGCCUGACACAUGCUGCGUUACCUGGGUUGCCGUGAUCACAGGCCUCAUCAUAUGUUCUGCUGUUGGAGUGGGUUUCUAUGGGAACAGCGAGACCAAUGAUGGGGUCUACCAGCUGACCUACUCCCUCUACAAUGCCAAUCAAACACUGAAUAGCGUCAGCAGUCUGAUUGCAGAAUCUCAGGGCAAUGUGGAAACUGGACUCAAAAAACAUCUGGAACGCCUGGAUGAGAUCUUCGCUGCGCGGGCUGACUACCUCAAAGCUUUGCGCUUCAUGGAGCUGAUGAUGAGCAAUGUCGUCCGUGAGCUGACCUCUUUGCCAGACAUCGACAAAAAUAAGGUUGACUUGACAGUCAUCGCAGAUCAAACAGUCCUCGUUGAGUAUUACAGAUGGCUGGCUUAUCUGCUGCUGCUGAUCCUGGAUCUGGUCAUCUGCUUGGCCAUGUGUUUGGGGAUAGCCAAGCAAUCUCACUGUCUGCUCAUCACGAUCAUGGGUUUGGUGAUGCUGUCUCUGAUCCUGAGCUGGGCCUCCCUAGGAAUUGGCACUGCCACAGCUGUUGGCACUAGUGACUUCUGUGUGUCUCCAGGCAAGUUUAUUGUCAACCAAACCAAGGAUUUCCUCACUGCAGAUGUUGCACACUAUUAUUUGUUCUGCAGUCCGAAUCUACCAAACCCUUUCCAACAGUCUCUGACAGUCUGUCAGCGAUCUUUGACCACCAUGCAAAUCCAGAUCCAGGGCCUGUUGCAGUUCUCGUUGCCUGUUUUUCCCACCGCUGAGAGAGACCUUAUAGGGAUCCAGCGACUGUUAAACUCCACAGAGUUCAGUCUCCAUCGUCUAACGGCCAUCUUAGACUGCCGCGGGCUGCACGAGGACUACGUGGAUGCCUUAAUGGGUGUAUGCUAUGAUGGGGUGGAAGGGCUCCUCUACCUCUCUUUGUUUUCUCUUCUGGCUGCCUGGGCGCUCUGUGGCAUGCUGUGUGUCAUUUUCCGAGUGUGGACGUUAAUGGGCAGCAGGGAAAAAGAGUAUGAUGACAUAGAUGAGGAGGACCCUUUCAACCCCCAAGCUCGUCAGAUGUCAUAUAACCCCAGAAGGUCUAACAGACACAGUUUCUGCAGCUACAUCAGCAGCCUUGGCAGCCAAGUCAGCCUUCAACCACCUGCGCAGUCUCCCUCUAAUUCUAUCAUGCCACCGCCUGAAUACAUGAAUCAGUCCAUGCUGUUUGGGUUGACCCCUCGAUACGAGAACGUGCCACUGAUAGGAAGAGGAUCUCCGCCUCCCUCGUAUUCCCCCAGUAUGAGGACCACCUAUCUGUCUAUGACUGAUGCCCAGAUCAGACACUUUGGGACUGACUUCCAGGUGUAGCCUGCUACCUGCUGGACCCUUCUCAGUGCUUCUGUCUAAGACUCUGAGCUCCUGCCAAGAAAGCCGUCUUUAUGACCUAAUCUUGUUUACGGGAGCGACAGUCUGUCGCCCAAUCUGAGAGACGGAAGCAGGCCAUAUGAGGCAAUUACUCCAGUAUCACAUCAGUGCAGCGCUCAGGAAGCCCAGAGCGCAGUUUUGAAGAGCAGAACACUGCUCAGAUUUAUCCUAAGACUCUUAUUGUUAUUAUCACGCUUUUUGAACACGUCUCCGCAAAUGUACGCAUUCAUAACAUUUGAACUGAAACGUUGCAACAAAGUUUCCUGCUUUUUUUGUGUGUGGCAUGCAUGGAAAUGAUAAUCGGUCAGUAUUUUGGUUUUGACAGAGAGCGAGUGGCCGAAGAUGACUGUGAAUAGGCCUUCAGAUAUGACAUUUUUGUCACAUUUGACACAUUAGUUUUGAAGCAGCAGUUCAAUACCAAUAUAUUGUUGCCUUCUCAGGCAUUUCAAAUGGUGCAAUAUGAAAUGAAACAUGUCUUUUUCAAACAUUUCUUAAAAAAAAACAAUAAAUAACUGAAUGUGUGAGUAACUAGUAUACCAAAUACAAUUACUGUGUUUUGAACAGCCAGUGACGCCUUUAUGAAUGAGUCGGAUGGAAUUACAUGAGAUGUUAUGUGCGACUGUUGAGGAUGCAGUUGCAUGAGAAAGUUUCCCUGAGCCUAUUAACUUAAACGUGAACCAUUUCAUACUCUUGACAUUUAUACUCGUAAAUACAACACAACAAGAGAGACAAGAGUAUCAGCACAUCUGCAUGUUUGCUGUUUUGUAAAGACAGUUCAUUCUGAAAUGAUCAAGAGCUUUCACAGCCCCGUUUGACUUCUGGUUAAUAUGUUUUAAAAAAAGUUAUUUAUUAUAUUUUGUCACUGAAAAACUUUAACGUAUCAACGUAAACUGACAUCCUAAUGCAAAGGGCAGCAUUUGGUAUUGGCAGUUUUUAAUUGUUAACAGGGAUGUGGAGUGAUUUGAAGGCAAGGAACUGUAACUAAAGUCUGUGCCGUGAGUCUAAAAGUGGGUCAUAAAUUGUGAAACUUCAACAUCUUGAAACAGAAUUUAAAAGGACAUGUCUUUCAUUUCUGUGCAAGGCUGUUAUAUAAGUUUUCAAAAGAAGGACAGCUGUCAGAACUAAAAGGAGUGUCCCGCAAACCUUUUUUUUCUUCUUCUGACCACAGCAAAAUUGUUCUUUACUUGCAAGAGUUUCAAGACGUUGAACCAGUGCAGAUUUUUUUAUUUUCUCGUCAUUCAUUUUGACAUUAACUUAACGCAAAAGUUUGUACGACAGGCCUGGCUUCACUCACUUGUCACAGAAGUCUGCUGAGUGUGGUCAGAAGUGGACUCGACUACGGACCCUCAGCAGAUAGUUUUGCAGGGCACACCUGGAUGUCAGAUUAUAUUGUGAAACUAAACUAAAGAUCAGCAAAAACGAAAAAAGAAAAACACCACUGUUUGAAACACUACAAAAGCACUAUGCACAAAAGGCGGAGUCUCUGAGGAGCAAACAUGCAUAGAUGUCAAUAAAUGUGUGAGGAAAACCAAUGAAAUGUUGAACAAGGUUUCUCAAAGAAAGGUCGGGAAAGAUUUGCAUAUUCUCUCUCCAGUGUGCAUAAUCUUAACAAAGUGGAAGAAUUUCAGUGCGUAGAGGGCAAGGGUGCAAACUUAACCUGGACACUCGGGAUUUCUGAUCCCUCAGACAUUUAUAGCUGAUGGAACUUUAUGCAAUCACUUUGGGAAUCCUUUGCAUGGCUCUGCAGUACAUAGUUGGAUCUGCAGACACCACUUUUUUUGCUACUGUGGAUAAAAAAGCUUUAUGUUAAACUUGUACAGAGGCAGCAUAAAUGUAUGUUGGCUUGAGCCCAGGGUGGACCAUCACCCAGUGGACAUGUAGACUGUGAUCCGAUGUUUCAGUAUUCCUGAUAUCUUUUUGAAAACAAGACAAAAAUGUCCAUCCAGACUCUUAUCGGCAGCAAGUUCAACAGCCAGAGUCUGUGCUGGUGUGAUGUUGGAUGAGCAGCCUUUGGAAAAGUCUUUCACAAUUCUGCGAUAGCAGCUGCUGAGUACAGUGAGUGAUUUGGAGCUACAUUCUCGCUUGCUUUCCUUUCAGCAGGAACAGAAAUGUGAGAUGGAGUGACACCAUUACAAAGUGAAAGAUUUACCAUCGCAACAUUUUUUAAAUGUAUUGUAGACCCAGAAUACAGAAAUGAAUCUAUAUAAACCAAUAAGGAUGUUGUUGAGUCAAAACAUGAUAUAUCAAACUGUCUUCAGUGAAAUAAAAGUCUAAUUAAGUGGAACUUUUUUUUUAUAAUUUUGAUAUCAAAACAAAACAGGUUAAAGUAUA